AACUGGUACACGGACUACACAUGAACUGUUCGACCCAUAUUGGUUAGGUGAAGUGAACAUUACCUCCCUCGAAUUCCAUGGCUCAAUGCAACUUCAGUACCAUUUGUAGUUGGUGAUUCAUAGCUUUCUAAAGCAGCUUUAGCUUCGCAUCUUCUCACCACCAGAUACUUUUAAAUUAGUCUGCAUUUAAAGAUCUUGAUGUCAAGAACACGGAACAUACUAGUUGCAACAGGCUUGGUAGCUUUUGCAAGUGCAGGUUUAGCUUUUCCCUUUUACAUGGCGACUAGAUCAUCAUCAAAUGCCCCUGUUAUUGAUUCAUCAAAACCAUUGCCACCUCAAGCAACUUUUAGAGGACCUUAUAUCAAUACCGGAUCACGUGAUGUUGGACCUGAUUAUCAGACUUAUUCCAAGAAAUAAUCUUUUUUAGCUUCUUUAUUUUUAUUUUUUAUUAUGUAUUGUAUAAGUUUUAACUGAAGUAUUUAGAAAACAAUGUACUUUGUUAAAAUGCUUAUAUUAAUAAUAUCAAUCCGUUUGGUUUCU